GGAGAAGAGGAGAGGGAGAUCAGUCCCAGCCCCCCACCCCACCGCUAUGAAACUUCCCAGCCCCCCCUCUUCGCCACGGCCUCGCUUGCUGAGUUGCGCCCUGGGCAUCCUUCUGACCAUUGAGCUCGGACUCUGCGCUCUUCUCCCAGACUCUGGGAUAUUCCUCAUCUAUAGCAGUGGUCUGCAAGGCUGCUUGGAGACUAAGGACUCUCUAGUGAAAAUUUCCAAGAGCUGCAACAACAGCCUCCCAGCUCAGAAGUGGAAAUGGGUUUCCCGGAACCGGCUUUUCAACGUUGGCACCAUGCAGUGUUUGGGGGUCUCCUGGAAGUCUUCAAACUCCAGCGCGACAGCCCAGGCCCUAGGCACCUAUGAGUGCGACCGGGAAUCUGUCAACAUGCGGUGGAACUGCCGGAGCCUGGGUGACCAGCUUUCCCAGUAUUUGAGCUCCAGGUUGGGGAACUGGUCGCUGACUCCAUCGGAGAGGGGCGACCAGGCACGGGGAGGCCAAUGGAAGAUCUAUGGCCACGAUGAAGAUUUGUGCUCCAGGCCGUAUUCUGAAAUUUACACCAUUCAAGGCAACUCUCACGGGAAGCCCUGUACCAUCCCUUUCAAAUACGACAACCAGUGGUUCUAUGACUGCACCAGCAUGGGGCGUGGAGAUGGCCACCUCUGGUGUGCCACCACACAGGAUUACGGCAAAGAUGAAAGAUGGGGGUUCUGCCCCAUUAAGAGCGAUGACUGCGAUACAUUUUGGGACAGGGACCAGCUCACCAACAGCUGCUACCAGUUCAACUUCCAGUCCACCUUGUCUUGGCAGGAGGCUGGCAAGAGCUGUGAGCAGCAAGGGGCCAGCCUGCUGAGCAUCACUGAGGUCCACGAACAGACCUACAUCAAUGGACUGCUAACGGGAUAUGGUUCCACACUGUGGAUUGGGCUUAAUGAUCUGGACCUCAACGGGGGCUGGCAGUGGUCAGACAACUCACCUUUGAAGUUCCUUAACUGGGAGAGUGAUCAGCCUGACAACCCCAGUGAAGAAAACUGUGGGGUGAUACGGACAGAGUCGUCAGGGGAAUGGCAGAACCGUGACUGCAGCAUGGCCCUGCCCUACAUCUGCAAGAAGAAACCCAAUGCCACUUCUAAUAUAUACUUCUUACUGGAGUCUGAUGUGAAGGUUGACUGCGACCCGAGCUGGCAGCCUUUCCAGACCAACUGCUACCGGUUGAUCAGUGAAAAGAAGAGUUGGCCAGAUGCCAAGAAGACCUGCCUGCGGAGCGAAGGGGAUCUGGUCAGCAUCCACACCCUCAACGAACUGGAGUUUGUUACCAAGCAAAUCAAGCAAGAUGUUGAAGAACUCUGGAUUGGCCUGAACGAUCUCAAGCGGCAGAUGAGCUUUGAGUGGUCAGAUGGCACGCCAGUGCAUUUCACAUUCUGGCACCCCUUUGAGCCCAACAAUUUCCGAGACAGCCUGGAGGACUGCGUGACGAUCUGGGGACCGGAGGGGAGGUGGAACGACAGCCCUUGCAACCUGACGUUGCCUUCUGUGUGCAAGAAGCGGGGCCGCGUGAGCCAAGGGAGAGAAGACGAGGACCACGGCUGCAGAAAGGGUUGGAAAUGGCAAACUCCAUCUUGCUAUUGGCUGGGAGACGACCAUGUGACAUACAGUGACGCUCGGAAGGUGUGCACAGAUUAUUCGUCUACUCUAGUCACCAUCACCAACAGGUUUGAACAGGCCUAUGUGAGCAGCCUAAUUUAUGGCUGGGAGGACGAAUAUUUCUGGACAGCUCUACAGGACAUAAAUGAAACGGGUUCCUUUCGUUGGCUGAGCGGGGAUGAAGUCACCUACACCCACUGGAAUCGCAACCAGCCCGGUUAUAACAAAGGUGGCUGUGUUGCCUUGGCCACGGGGAGUGCCAUGGGACUAUGGGAAGUGAAGAACUGCACCAGUUUCAAGGCCAAAUACAUCUGCAGGCAGAACUUGGGAACUCCUGUGAACCCCGAGCUCCCUUCACCUCAUCCCACCCCGAGCCUCACGGGAACUUGUCCAGCGGGAUGGGUCACCAGCCCCAAGUUGAGGCAUUGCUACAAGGUGUUCACCUACGACAAACUGCAGGAGAAGAAAAACUGGAUCAUGGCCCAUUUGUUCUGCAACGAUCGGAAAGCACAACUCUUGAGCCUCGGCACUUACGAGGAGGAACAUUUUAUAGCCAACACGCUCAACAAGAUAUUUGGGGCAUCAGAACCUGAAAUCCAUGAACAGCAUUGGUUUUGGAUCGGCUUGAAUCGCCGGGACCCUGGACUUGAGAGGAGCUGGCGAUGGAGUGAUGGUCUUGGGUUCUCCUACCAUAACUUUGACCGCAGCAAUCACGACGACGAGGACAUCCGGAACUGCGUGGCGCUGGACCUGGCAUCCUUGCAGUGGAUGCCUCUUCAGUGCGACGCUCAACUGGACUGGAUCUGCAAACUGCCCAAAGGCACUGAUGUGAAAGAGCCAGAGACAACCGUUCAAGCGAGCAAUGAGUGGGUGAAAUACCAAGAUGCCGAGUACAAGUUCUUUGACCAUCAUUCAACUUGGGUACAGGCUCAGAGGAUCUGCACUUGGUUCCAAGCUGAGCUGGUGUCAAUUCACAAUGAAGCUGAGCUGGACUUCCUGGGUCAGAACUUGAAGAAGUUUUCAAGGGGACAGGAGCAGCACUGGUGGAUUGGGCUGAGCACCUAUGAGAAUGAUGGACGAUUUCGGUGGUCUGAUUAUUCUCUCUUGAACUUCAUCUCAUGGGCACCAGGAAAGCCCCGGCCUAUCACCAAGGACAGGAAGUGUGUGUACAUGACCGCUAGCCGAGAGGACUGGGGUGACCAGAAGUGUUUCACUGCUCUGCCUUACAUCUGCAAGCGCACCAAUAUUACCACAGGCUCCUUGCCACCCCUACCGGUGCCUACUCCUGGCAGCUGUGCCCAGGGCUGGCAUGCUGUUGGCAAUAAGUGCUUUAGGAUUAACAGCGAAGAGCAGGUGACCUGGCAAGAGGCGAAGCGAAGGUGUGAGAUUCAGGGGGGCGUGCUGGCAACCAUCUCCAAUUACAUUGAGCAAGCCUUUAUAACCACUCUUCUUCCAAAUGUGACCUCUGACCUGUGGAUCGGCCUCCAGGAUGCAAAGAAGGAGUUCCAAUGGGUGGAAGCUGAGCCUGUCAGCUUUGUGAACUGGGGUCCUGGUGAGCCCUCCGGAUGUGGGGCAUCCACAGCUAAUGAGAACCCGACCAACUGCGCUGUGGUUUGGCAUGGCAUCCCGCCCCAGUUCACUGGCCGCUGGGAUGACAGGAAUUGCCUGGAGGAGAAAAAUGGCUUCAUCUGCCAGAGGAGGAAAGAUCCUGCCCUGAGCCCUUCCCCAGCAACCUUCCCCCCUGCUCCCAACUCCACCCUCUCGUACUUCAACAGCACUUACCGCAUCCUGCAGAAGCCUCUCAGGUGGCAGGAAGCCAUGCUCCUGUGCGAGAGCCUCAAUACAAGCCUGGCGAGCAUGACGGAGCCGUACACUCAGGCUUUCCUCACCCAAGCAGUGAGCAGCCUGCGAGCCCCGCUCUGGAUUGGCUUGUCCAAUGAGGAGGGGAGGCGAAGCUACACGUGGUUCACAGAGGAGAGCCUUUCCUACACAAACUGGCGGGCUGGAGAACCGCAGCAGCUUGUGGGGUGCGCAUACAUGGAUGUAGAUGGGACCUGGAGGACCGCUGGCUGCGACACCAAGCUUCAAGGGGCCAUCUGCAAAAUGAGCACAGGGGCCCUUCCCCCCCACAAGUGGAGGUACAAUGGGAGCUGCCCUAAAUCUGUGGAGGAUUCAUCCUGGAUCCCCUUCCGGAAUCACUGCUAUGCCUUCCACAUGGAAGUCGUGCUGGGCCAGAAAGAAGCUAAGAAGAGAUGUCAGAAAGUUGGAGGUACGGUGCUGUCCAUCCUAGACGAGAUCGAGAACCUAUUCGUGUGGGAGCAUCUUCAGGCUUAUGAGAGCCAGUCCAAAGGAGCUUGGCUGGGGAUGGCCUUUAACCCCAAAGGGGGCACACUUGUCUGGCAUGACAACAUGGCGGUGAACUAUUCUAACUGGGGGCAGGAUGACACGGGACCCAGCAUGCUCAGCCAGAACAGCUGCUACUGGAUCCAGAGCAGCAACGGGGUGUGGCACUUGGGCUCCUGCUCCAACGUCACCAUGGGAGUCAUCUGCAAGACAGCCCGAGCGGAAGAAAGCAGCCUCUCCAGAUCAGCUUUCCUGGAGAACACAAAGGCCAUUGCGAUUGUUAUCCUCUCCUCCUUAGCACUGUGUGCACUGAUAGCAGUUGCUAUCUAUCUGUACAAGCGCCGGUGGACCUCGGAGCGAGGGGCAUUUGAGAGUGCCCGUUACAGCCGUACCAACUCCAACCCCAGUGAAUCUGCAGAGAAGAACAUUCUGGUGUCUGAUAUGGAGAUGAAUGAACAGCAAGACUAGUGGUGGAAUUGGCGAGCCGGGGUGGGGGGAGGGAGGGAUGUGAAUACCUGUCAUAACAUGCCAUCUCAACAGCAAGCCCCCGAGGACAGCAUAGGGCAACAGCAGGGUCAAUAGAUAGGACUGUGAACUACUAAGGAGAUGUGGAGAAAUGCUUAAAAAAAAAAGUCCCAUUUGUAUGUGACACUAGAAGAAAUUCAACCCUGGCCUUGUACGUCUGCCCUUCUCAAAGAGGAGCCAUGGAAGAAAAGGGAAGGUGGUUCAUUUGCUGGAGAGAGAGAGUUAGAAAACCUCAUUUUGGGUGCUCCAGUCUCUGCAGUGUCUUCUCCACAUUUCCUUAGAGAAUGAAAAUGCAAGCAUUACUUCUUCCUGGUUCUAAUAUUAAAACAGGGAAGGGCUUGCCGGGUUUCCUCGUGUUCCUCUUGGUAAGAACACGCCUGUCUUAUUUUGGAUUACUUCUUGAAGCCAUGUGGAUAAUUAAAAGAGUGGUGGGCCCUUGAAUUCCUAAUAACGGUGGUUCGAUCUUCUAUGCCUCUGAUGCCGAGAUACCCCAAGAUAAAUUCUUCCCCAGCCAUGCCACUACCAUAGCAACCAUUCUGCUGUUAAAUUCUGUUGCCAUAUAGAGGGCCUUUCUGCGAAAACGACUGAAAGUGGUGCCACAA